ACGAAGAUCGAUGCUUGUGGAUUUCUAGUCAAAUUUGGUGGACAUUCUUUCAUUUCCUAUGUGCCCGCUAUUCCACCAGCCGUACGGAUGUUUCUCGGACCUGAACGGGUUUCCCGCCUUCUUGAUGACGAAUGCAGUCUACAGCAGACCUGACGCUCAUGUCCUCUCGCACCUACUUCCGCUUACACAUCUUGUUCCAUACAUUUGAGGUCUCCCAUGAAACCUGGGCAGGUCUAUAAAGGGGGCAUUAGCCCUCAUUCCCCAUUCCCAGUACAAAGCAUUUAUCUCAACAUCUCUUAAAGAUUAUUGCCAUGCGCUCGUUCAGCACUGCACUCUUUCUGGCAGGCACAGCUGCGUCUGUUGCUGCUGUCCCUACCGCCACCUCAUCGUCCCAAAGCGCCACUGUUACUCUCGACUACUGCACCCUUGCUCCUGCUGCUGGAAACAGCUCAAUCGGUUACUACAAGUACCAGAAUGUUCGUUUCGCCGCGGUUCCUACUGGCGAUCUUCGUUUCGCAAAGCCGCAAUGGCCUCCUGUUGAGACGGCCAUCAACAAUGGCAGUCUUGCCGAGUCUGACGUAGACUGUGCAUCCACGGAAGACUGUCUCUACAUGGAUGUCUGGGCUCCGGCUGAUGCUCAAGGCCGGAGCCUGCCUGUGAUGCUCUGGACCUACGGCGGUGGUUUCACUGCAGGAUCUAAAUCUCAGAAUACGCCCGAGGGCCUAUUCGAUCUCUCCAAAGACUUCAUCUUUGUUGCGCCUAACUACCGUCUUGGAUUCACCGGCCUGGCGAACGGCCCCUCCUUAGCUCACCAGGGUGGCACUCCCAAUACUGCCCUGUGGGACGUUGAGCACGCCUUCAAGUGGGUGCACAAGUACAUCAGCGUCUUCGGUGGAAAUCCCAAUGAGAUCACCGCUGUCGGUUUCUCGGCCGGUGGCUCCAUGCCCCUGUUCCAGAUGACCCGCUUUGCCGGCCAUGCCGAGCAGCUCUUUAGCCGUGCCUACAUCAUGUCACCGGGUUUCGUCCCCGGUGCUGGUCACGAGCACGGAGAAGCGUUCUACCAGAACGUCUCCAAGGCUGUCGGUUGCACUGGAGGUGACCUGGACUGUCUGCGCAGCGUUGCCUUCACCAACCUGACCGAUGCUGCCAACGACGUCUACGAGGCCUAUGAUUACCAGUUCCAGCCCCGGGUGGACGGCGACUUUGUGGCGGACACGUACGAGGCCCAGCUGUACCAGAAGCACUUCAAUUUCAGCGGUCCCGUGGUCAUCUCCCACGAGCAGCAUGAAGCCAACACGGGGACAGACGAGGGCGAGACGACCAUCUCCUCCGAGCAGGACAUCAUCACGAAUCUCCGCAUUUUCUUCCCUUCAAUCACGGACAGCGUCAUCCAGGAGGCUCUCAAGCUGUACCCUACCUCCAGCUACUCGAGCCAGGCGCUCCGGUUCGCAGAUAUGAGACAGUCCUUCGAUCUGACCGCUCACAAUUUCGCCCUGACGGAAGCCAUGAACAACAACACCUGGAACGCCAUGGUCGCCCUGAGCAAGGCUACCCACGGCACCGACCAAAGCUACUACUGGUACUCUACCUACUCGCUUUCUUCCUCCUCCUCCAGCAGCAGCAGCAGCAGCACCUCCUCCGGCGCAGGUGUCACCAUCUCCAGCGACUCCAACGUCGACUCCACCGUUGCUCGCAAGAUGCAGAAAUACCUCCUCUCCUUCGUCCUCACCGGCAACCCCAACACCAAGUGGGCCAACGACAAGCUCUACUGGCCCAAGUACCUGAACGGCUCUUACACCGCCACCCAGCUCGUUCUCAACAGCACUAUGUACCUGACCCAGGACGAUUUGGCCAACGCCCGCAGCGUGUUCUGGAACAAGGCGCUGUGGUACUAG